AUAAAUAAAGAAAAUAAUAAAAAAAGUAAUAAAAAAAAUGAGAUAUUUACUUACAGAAACUGAAGUUUAAAUUCCUAAUGGAGUAACAGUCACAGCAGCAGCUAGAGUAGUUACAGUGAAAGGACCUCUAGGUUCAUUAAAAAGAUCUUUUAAACAUGCUUCCAUUAGCAUUUUAAAACCAAAAGAUAGUAAAUUAAAACUUUAAAUUUGGUAAGCCCAAAGAAAAUAAAGAGCUUGUUUAACAGCUAUUGCUUCUUAAAUUAAAAAUAUGAUUAGAGGAGUAACUGAAGGUUAUAAAUUCAAAAUGAAAUUAGCCUACGCACAUUUCCCUAUUUAAGAUUUUGUUGCUAAGGAUGGAAAAUCAAUUGAAAUUAAGCACUUUUUGGGAGAAAAAAGAGUCAGAAGAAUCGAUGCUUUAGAAGGUGUUUAAAUUAUUAAGAAAGAAGAAGAAAAAAAUACUUUAACUUUUACUGGUAUUGAUUUGAAUAAUGUAUCUUAAACAUGUGCAUUAAUUCACUAAUCUUGCUUAGUAAAAAAUAAAGAUAUUCGUCAAUUUUUGGAUGGUAUCUAUGUUUCUGAUAAAAGAAUGGCUUUAAAUGAUUGAAAAUAGUAGUUUUCUAACAACAUAUAAAAUAGUUUAUAUUUGUGUUUUUGUUUUUGUUUUUUAUCCUAAAUUUAUUUAAAUUAUAUUUAAACUAGUUUUA